ACAAUUAGGAUUAAUAAUUAUACAACGAAAUCAACAUAUUAAAGUUAAUAAUUAUAUAGAAACUGUUGUUCGAAACUAUAUUGAAAAAGAUUUUAUAAUGCAUUUUCGUCUUUCACGAGAAGUUGCUUACGAUCUUAUCGCUCGGUUGACGAUAUCUCCAAUUUUUACGUCUUUACAAGAACAUGCAGGAUAUGCACCAAUUUCACCAGAAAAACACAUUUUAUGUUACUUGUGGUUUCUUGGUCACGAAAGCGCAGGAUAUAGAGAUGUAGCUGAUCGGUUUAAUAUUACAAUUAGUACAUUGUAUACACUUUUAACAAGGGUAACAAACUUUUUAAUGCAAUUUGCUCCACAUAUUAUAAGAUUUCCUACACUACAAGAAAAAGAAGAAACAAAGGCAUAUUUUCUUGGAAAAAAACAAUUUCCUAGAAUUAUUGGUGCUGUGGAUGGUGCGCACAUCAGAAUCGAUAAACCAACACAAGAUAAAGAUUCAUAUAUUAAUAGGAAACAAUACUUUUCAAUUCAUAUGCAAGGUGUAGUGAAUCACAAACUGAAAUUUUUAGACGUGUUUAUUGGAUAUCCCGGAUCUGUGCACGAUGCAAGGGUCUUUCGGGAAUCUCAUUUAUACGAAUGUCUUCAGGAUAUUUGUUUAAGUUCUUAUAUAGUUGGAGACAGUGCUUAUCCUUGUUUGGAAUAUUUAAUGGUUCCAUACAGAGACAACGGACAUUUAACACGAGCGCAGAGAAAUUUUAAUAGUCGAUUAAGUUCAUGCCGUGUAGUAGUUGAAAAUGCCUUCGGCAUUUUAAAACAAAGAUUCAGACAAUUAUAUCAUUUCAAACUUAGAAAUAUUGUGCGUAUGGUGCAAAUAAUACACGCUUGUUGUGUCUUACAUAAUUUAGCAAGCGCAGGCGAUGUAGAAUUCUUUGAACCUCCUCUUGAAGAUAAUUAUCCAGAUCCAGAAGCCGAGAUUAUUAGAAAUAAUAAUGAUGAGAUCAUACCUGGGAAUGAACAUGGCCGCAUUUUACGAGAUGAGUUGUGUCGUCAAUUAAUUGCUCAAGACAUAAGUAUUUACGGUUAAUUCGCAUGACAAA